AUGAAUCAGAACCCAUCCGAAUCGCCGUUUCUGUCUGUGGUUCGAUCCAGCCCCUUCUCCGGCAAUGGCUGCGGCGAGGUCAUUGCCUUCUGUGUCGGAGACCGGAUCAGAGCCUCGGAAGAACUCCUCGAUGACACAACAGCAAGAAAAUACUUCAGCUGUUAGGGAGAUCAUAUCUGUUAUUGAUUCUCUAAAGAAGCAAGUUACAGCCAACCGGUGUAUCUAUAUUCAGAAAAGGCUGGAAGAAAACAGGAAAAAGUUGGUUGGUAUCACAAACCAUCUUUAUAAAUUGUCGAAUGAGCGAAGCAGUUGGAAUAAUAUUGAUAAUAAUGCGGUAGAUCUUUUGACAAAGAGGCAAAAUGAUGCAAUUGGUAUGCAAAAUGGUAUUGAGAUAAGCAGUGGGGACAAUGAUAGUCAUAACUCUUACCAACAUUCUACAGCAGUUCUUAUGGGAUCUAGUAUUCCAGUCAGGAAUGCUGUUCGCCCUAUAAAGCUUGCUGUUGUGAAAAGAUUACCACCUUAUACUACAUGGAUUUUUCUGGACAGAAAUCAAAGAAUGACAGAAGAUCAAUCAGUGGUAGGUCGAAGGAGGAUUUAUUAUGAUCAAAAUGCUGGUGAAGCACUUAUUUGCAGUGAUAGUGAGGAGGAAGUACUUGAGGAAGAUAAAAAAAGAGAAUUUGUAGAAUCUGAAGAUUACAUUCUUCGUGUGACCAUCAAGAAAGUUGGCUUAUCUGAUCCAGUGCUUGAAUCGUUAGCACAAUGUUUUUCUAGAAGCCCUUGUGAAGUAAAGGCAAGAUAUGACACUCUGAUUAAAGAGGAGAAGGAUGCAGGGGCUUCUACAGAUGGGGAUAAUGAAGUCCAAAGUUGGAAUGCCUUUAUUGGAAAAGAUCUUGAAGCAGCUUUGGAUUCUUUUGACAAUCUAUUUUGCCGGCGAUGUCUCGUUUUUGAUUGCAGAUUACAUGGUUGUUCUCAGGAUCUCUUCUUUCCAGCUGAGAAACAACCUCCAUUGAACCAUCUGGAUCAAGAAAAUGGACCAUGUGGCCCAAAUUGCUAUCUAUCGAUGCUGAAGUUGGACAGAAUUGCCACAGUGAGCUGUCCCAUGAAUGGAGAUACUGAAGAGAAGUCUAACUCUUCAUCUGAUGGCUUAGGGGCACAAGCAUCAUCUAAAACGAGAACUUUUGGUUUGUCUGCUGGAAGGAAGGUGAAGUCCUACCAAAGUGAAAGUGCUUCAUCAAGUGCAAAAAUUAUUUCAGAAAGUAGUGACUCAGAAAUUGGACCCCAACAGGAAGACUUGUCAACUGCCCAACAGUUAUCUCCUUCCGAGGCAAAACUUGUUGGAAAAUCUGCAAUUCGUAAGCGGAACAGCAAGCAAGUUGCUCAACGUGUUCUAGCUUGCAUGCGUAAGAAGCAGAAGAAAAUGAUGGCUUCUGAUUCUGUUGUGAGUGAAGGUGUCUCACAAAGUGACACAAAACUCAGGCCUAAUACACAAAAGGAAAAUGAAGAUGCCACGUCUUCUUCACAGAAGAGCGUAAAAUCUCCAACAACAGGAAGGUCUAGGCGGAAAGACUGGUCACCUGGUGAAGGUCCUGAUGUUUUUCCAAAAGAAAAGAAAGUUGCCCUGCCUGUGGCUAGCAGCAACAGUGCUGCCCCCCAAAAAGCAGAGUUUGUAUAUGAAAACACACAUAAACAAGAAAUAAGUGAUGAUAAGUCUUGGAAAGCUAUCGAAAAAAGCCUUUUGGAGAAAGGGAUGGAGAUUUUUGGCAGGAACAGCUGCUUGAUUGGCAGAAACCUUUUGAAUGGUUUGAAGACAUGUUGGGAGAUUUUCCAAUACAUGACAUGUUCUGAGAAUAAGUUGUCCUUGCAAGCUGCUGAUGGUGUGCUUUCUCUCCUUCAAGGCUAUCCUAAGUUUGAUCUUAAUGGAGCCCUGGGCAAUAAAGGAGCAAGAAGAAGAUCGAAAUUUUUACGUAGAAGAGGUAGAGUCCGUCGCUUGAAGUAUACCUGGAAGUCUGCGGCUUAUCAUUCAAUUAGGAAACGAAUUAGUGAGAGGAAAGAUCAGCCAUGCCGCCAGUAUAAUCCAUGUAAUUGUGAAACAGCUUGCGGCAAGCAGUGUGCUUGCCUUUUAAAUGGGACCUGCUGUGAAAAGUACUGUGGUUGUCCAAAGACUUGCAAAAAUCGUUUUAGAGGUUGUCAUUGUGCUAAAAGUCAAUGUCGGAGCCGUCAGUGUCCCUGCUUUGCUGCGGACAGGGAAUGUGAUCCAGAUGUUUGCAGAAAUUGUUGGGUCAGUUGUGGUGAUGGUGCUGGUACUCUUGGCGUUCCUCCACAAAGAGGUGACAAUUAUGAAUGCAGAAAUAUGAAGCUUCUUCUUAAACAACAACAAAGGGUCUUGCUUGGAAGGUCAGAUGUUUCAGGAUGGGGAGCUUUCUUGAAGAAUAGUGUUGGCAAGCAUGAAUACCUUGGUGAGUACACUGGGGAGCUGAUUUCACAUAAGGAAGCAGAUAAACGUGGAAAGAUUUAUGAUCGUGAAAAUUCAUCAUUUCUCUUUAAUCUGAAUGAUCAGUUUGUUCUUGAUGCUUACCGAAAGGGUGACAAGUUGAAGUUUGCCAACCAUUCUCCUGAUCCUAAUUGUUAUGCUAAGGUUAUCAUGGUAGGAGGGGAUCAUAGGGUGGGCAUUUUUGCCAAGGAACGGAUUAAUGCAGGAGAGGAACUUUUCUAUGAUUAUCGUUAUGAGCCAGAUAGAGCUCCUGCUUGGGCUAGGAAGCCAGAGGGAUCUGGGUCAAAGAAAGAGGACGGGGCUCCAUCAAGUGGUCGUGCAAAGAAGCUUGCUUAAGCUAAUCAUUUACUUAUAUCUUAAAUUCAAAAAUUUAGCCAUUCUUUUAUAGGUAGAAGGAUCAUUCUCAUUUUACUGAUAGAUGAUAGGAAAGGGUGCACCCUCUAUCAUUUUGUUGUUGGAGGGGCCAUUUAAUCUCCAUUGAUAACUCAUUCAAUUUUUUCUAAAAUUCAUCCUUAGUCCAAAGUAAAAUGUGCUCAUUCAUUGAAUCAACUUGACCUGAAUUCACAACAUUCUUGUAAAAGGGAAUGCCUCCUUGCUGACCAAUGUUGUUGUGAACCUUUUUCCUUUUCCAGCCGAAGACCAAUUCAGGUAAUUUUGGUUGACCCUUGAAUCCCUAUUACUCAUCCUUUUUCAUUGUCGCACUAAUUGUUUUUAGUAU